AUGUCAUCGUUUUCAUCUCGAGAGAAUACUACUCCCCCAACUCCACCAUUAAAUUCAAAACAACCACAAUUAUUUCUAGAUGUUGAAGAUAAAACAGAAGAAGCAUGCUCGAAAUUUGAAGAAAUUCCAGCUUGUACCUAUCAAAAUAAAAUUAUUGGUAACCCUUCGACAAAUACAAAUGCCAAACGAAAAUUAGAAUUCAUGACUUGUGAUUGUCAAGAAGAAUGGGAUGGGUUUUCAAAUUUAGCUUGUGGUGAAGAUUCAAACUGUAUAAAUAGGAUUACUUCAGUUGAAUGUAUAAAUGAUAGUUGUUUUUGUGGGAAUGAUUGUCAAAAUCAACGCUUUCAAAAACAACAAUACUCAAAUGUAAGCGUUUUCAAAACUGAAUUAAAAGGUUAUGGUUUGAAAGCUGAAGAUGACUUAUAUGAGAAUCAAUUUAUUUAUGAAUAUAUUGGAGAGGUUAUAGAUGAAGCUAAAUUUCGACAAAGAAUGAUUGAGUAUGAUAGUAAAAAGUAUACACAUUUUUAUUUUAUGAUGUUGAAACCAGAUGCAUUUAUAGAUGCUACCGAAAAAGGUUCAUUAGCUAGAUUUGUAAAUCAUUCAUGUAAUCCCAAUGCUUAUGUUGAUAAAUGGGUGGUUGGUGAUAAGCUAAAAAUGGGGAUAUUUGCCAAAAGGAAAAUUUUAAAAGGUGAAGAAAUUUCAUUUGAUUAUAAUGUAGAUAGAUAUGGUGCUCAAAAACAACCAUGUUAUUGUGGUGAGCCAAAUUGUAUAAAAUUUAUGGGUGGUAAAACUCAAACUGAUGCUGCGUUAUUAUUACCUGAAGGUAUUGCUGAUGCCUUAGGUGUUACUUCAAAAGAAGAAAGAGCUUGGUUGAAAGAAAAUAAACAUCUUAGAUCAAAACAACAAAAAGAUGAUGCUACUAUAAAUGAACAAUUUGUUAAAAGUUUACAAGUACAACCAAUCACCGAAAAUGAUGUUUCGAAAGUUAUGUCAGCAUUAAUGAAAUCACAAGAAACACCAAUUAUCAAACAAUUAAUUACAAGAAUGAAUUUGACGGAAGAUCCACAUGUAAAUUCAUUAAUUGUUAAAUUUCAUGGUUAUAAAUCAUUAAGUGGUGUUUUACAAUCAACUGAUGAUGAUGAAUUAAUAAUACUGAUCUUGGAAACAUUGGAAAGAUGGCCAGCAGUUACUAAAAACAAAAUUGCUGCAAGUCAAAUUGAAGAAGUAAUUCUGGAAAUUAAUCUGAAAACUGAAAAUGAAACGAUUAAAGAUUUAGCAUCACUGUUGUUUGAAAGAUGGUCAAAAUUACAAAUGGCUUAUAGAAUACCGAAGAAUAAUAAUGCAGUUACCAUGCCAUCAUUUGGAAGAAUAUCGAGAACACCUGAACAAGACCAACCACAACAAAAUCAACAAGCACAACAAUACUCAAACUAUAAACCUGUUGCACAAUUUACAAAAAUGCCAGGUCUACCACCAAAUUGGGAAGCUGCAUUUGAUGCUAAUUCAAAACAAUAUUACUAUUUUAAUACGGUUACAAAUGUCACAACUUGGGAAAAACCUAUUCCAGCACCAAUGGGACCAAGACCUCCAAGUGGGCCUGGACCGAUGGGCAGAUCCAAUAAAUAUAAUACAGAUGAUGAUUUAGCAAAACGAGAAGAACGAAGAAUACAAAGAGAAAAGGAAGCAAAACAUAAUAAGUUAAUGCAACAAGAACAAAGAUUAAAAGAAUUAAUAGCCAAUGCUAAAGCACCAGAGAAACCAAAACCAAAAGAACCCGAAAGAAAAGAACGUAGAGAACGUAGUCAUAGUCAUAGUCAUAGUCAUAACAAUUCACCAGAAAAUUUGGAAAUGAAGUGGAAACAUUUACUUGCUAAAUACGUACCUAAUAUGAUCAGAAAAUAUGAACCGGAAAUAGGUAGAGAUAAUGUCAAGCAUUGUGCAAAAGAACUUGUAAAUGCUAUAACGUCAAAAGAACUUAGACAGAAUAAACCACCACCUAAGGUAUUAGAAGAACAUAAAAUUAAAAAAGUUAAAGAUUUUACUAAACAAUAUAUGGAAAAAUUUAUAGUAAAGUAUAGAGCUAAGAAAAGGAAACCAGAACAAGCAGAAGAUGCAACCAAACGAGUUAAAAUUGAAUAA